CGGGUGGACAUUAAGCCUCCCCAACACCAAUGAGCUCCCCCUCCCAUUCCCCUAAUCCGUCCCCUGCCCAGUCCCCCUCCCAGUCCAGAUCCAACCACACUAACCAGCAGCCCUACGCCAGCUCUGGCGGCUCCGCUCCUUCCCCGUCCCCCACCCGGGGGUCUUCCCGUCCCCCCUCUCACCCUGCCACCCCAAAUGCCUCACAGCCUUCUUCCCGGGCCUCCUCCCUGGCCCCCAGCCCUCAUGUCCAGCCUCGGGGGUCUUCCCAAAACGCCACUCCACCCGCCUCCAAAUCUCCCUCUCAAUCUGGCUUGAAAUCCCUCUCCCGAAACUCUUCCCAAACUCCCCCCCUGCCUGGCGCCAAGUCCCCCGCCCACAGCCCCGCGCCCUCAGCCUCCUACAUCGGGCUCGGGCCCAUCCGGGGCAUCCCGUCCUACAUCACCCCCUACGUGCCCCGCUUCAUGAAAGAGACCCCCUACUUCCAGCCUCCUACUUCGCCCCUCCCGCAGAACCAGUGCUUCCCCUGCUCCUUCCCCUGCCGGGUCCGGGACCGCCCGCGCAAGCCCCCCGACUCGCUGUACUUCCCUCUCCUCCCGCCCCCUCCGCACCUCCCCCGGGUCAGCUGCUCCUACCCGUCUCCCCCCGCCCUGUUCACGCCCCCCUCCUCCCUCUCCUACACCCCGCCCACCGAGGUCCUGGUGGGCGGGAAGCCGCACGUGGUCCCCACGGUGCUGCCCGCCACCUUCUACACCCCCUUCUCCCGCUACUACGCCCAGCCCCGCCCCUACCGGUCCGCCCACCGCCACCGCCCCAGCUCCUUUCACCUCUCCUCGCUGCACAACCCGGCCUACGACGGCUCGGGCCGCUCUGUUCACUUCUACCGUGGGUCCUAG